AUGUCGGAGUUCCUCUGGAACGGUCGGAGGGUUACUGCGUUCGAUCUAAUGGAUUUGCACGACUCCAUUCUAGAUAGGUUCUCCGAGAAGGAUCUCGUGUCGUUUUCGACCGUCAACAGGGUGAGCAAGCGUAUAGUCGACGCGUAUAGUCGACGUUGUUACGAUCUCCGACGCGCUCUUCGUCUAUGGAUGGAUAUGGAAGACGUGGACCGUUUCCGGACUGUCAUGGACGCCCAUGGCAUCGUCAUCUCGGGAAUGUUCGCUCUCUUCUUUUUGAUGCGGCAGCCUGUGCGUGGCCAGCCGCUGUUGUUGCUGGUGCCUCGUCGUAGCACGUACGAGCUUUUCGAUUUCGUGCUAGGCCUUGGCUAUAUCCGAUCGCGGCCCAACUCGGUAAACUCUACGUCGUUGAGGGGAGAGAGACACAACGACAGAGUCUCAUUCGUACGGGACGCCCUUGAAAUAUCCGUCAUCGUAUGCGAUUUCGGCGUGACACAGACGUUGUUAGACUUCACAAUGACUUGUGAAAUGAACGCCAUAACCGCUUACAAAGCUUACUCUUUCUACCCUCGGACGACGUUCAUCGACCGUGCCACGCUCGUGUUCGAUGCGAGAACCGCUCAUUCGCAAUCUUCUCUUCCCCUUCUUUUCCCGACCACGUUCACUCCUCACACGGGAAAUGUUGCGGUUGGUGGUUGGACCAGGCAUCAUCGCGUCCCUGCCGAGGCUGCGUCCGACUGCGAUGACGAGUUCGGGCGUCUGUUUCGUUAUGUAGGCGAUAGCAUGACUCGUGUGGUCGAGCUCGAUUCUGGUGUGGGUCGCAGCGGCCUGGCCGACGGUCUGCAGAGCAAUUCGUGGACCCUGCGGUAUCGACGAUGCGACCGUGAAUAUACUGGGGGUUGGAUUUUCUCGCAUCCCGUCCUCGCUCAGGUCAUGUCGUCAUAUGCAGCAUUCGAAGAAGUCGGUUUCGCUGAUCGGGCGGCUCGUACGAUGGCGGAGGAUGAGUUGAAGAUAUUUGAAGAACGCGCAAACACCCGCUCUCGGUUGUUGGAUGGCAACCUUUCGGUCGAGAACGAUUGUGACGUCGUGUUCGUCGCGUCGGACGGUAUGCCUGUGACUGUCAGCCGUGCACAGUUCUUGCGCGCUUCCGACUUCGACCUCCCUCGCUCUUCUUCGCUUGGUUCUGAGUCUAUCGUGUUCCACGCGACAGAGAGUGCAGAUGUUCUCCGGCUCCUAUUUAAAUUUGUUGCUUUGGAGUAUCCCAUCGACGUCGAUCGUGUUCCUUUCGACCUUGCGGUGGCUGUAGCGGAGGCCGCUGAGAAGUAUGUCGUACACUCGGCGAGGAUUUACUUCUGCUCUUAUAUGAAGGCGAGAUGCGUUGAGCAACCGUUGGAAGUCAUACAGUUUGCGGCGCGAUACCGCUACGAUGACAUCCUCGACGCUGCUGCGCCGUAUACUGUGGGUGGCGAUUAUGUCCGGGUCGAAAAGGCUUUGCCGCCGCGUCUGUUUCGCGCAUGGAAGGCGUACAGUCAUGGUUUCCAGCAGAUCGCCCACGUUUUUGUGCAAGAGCUUGAGAUGAAACCUUAUGACCAUUACAAACCGGGCGACGGCGAGCAACCGUCGCUUGGAUGCCUGUCGGUAUUGUUCUGUCGCAUUGACUGUCCGCCGGGAGGCAGUACAGCGAGCAGUGGCCCUUCGGCGGAAGCAACAUUUAUUGUCGUCAUACGUACGGACAUGUACUCCUUUGUAAUGCUAGUCUGA